AAAGCCACCUAGGCAAAGCUCAGCUUGGUCACAAAGGGAGUCUCCCACAACUCCACCUGAAAGCCAAAACCACACAACCUCCUGCAAACUGAUGAUGGUGUACAGAGCAUAUACAUAUAUAUAUUUACAUUUCUUUUAGUUCAUCAGCUGAUGUCCAUGAUCUAGUCACUGAAAGAAAUGUGCAAGCCACGGAUGCAAUAAAGAGAGAAUUCAACAAGCGAAGCAAAAUUAGGAAACACUUCAAUGAUGACAGUUUCAAAGUGUUCACAGUGAGCUCCAAAGAGUUCCUAAAACAAAACUACUUAAGUCCAGAAGAAACUGAAAUACCCAAACUUCAGAGAUUUUUGCAAGAUCUCAAUGACUGUCACUCAGAGACAGUAAACUACGUGAAUCGAGCUCACGGGAUUCUGUCUUUGAUUCAAGGCGCCAACUCCAGAGGAGUGGAUAGUAAAACAGACGAGGUGUGUGAAGAACUUGAGAGAAACAUGAACCUCCAACUUGAUAAUGUCAGAAAAGAAAUGGAAGACACCUGUAGGGCUUUUGAAAGAUGUCUUGAUGAUGGUGUUAAGAAAUCCUUCUUUUAUCAUGGAAAGAAUGGUGGUGCUUUUUACAAUUUACUGAAGUGUGUCAUUGAGAAUGGUGGCAUCUACAAACCAAAAAAAGGGAAACCAAUAAACCUUAAUAUGAAGUUGGCUUCCUGUCUGAUUGACAGCAUUGGUGCAGAAUUCAGAAAGACCUUCCCAAAUGAAGUAAAAUGUGGAGCAGUCAACGGAGUCAUCAAUACAUUUACACUUAACACUGAUUCUCUGAUUGAAAAGUACAAAAAUGCUGAACUACAGCUCAGAUUCCUCAAGACAGAGGAAGAAAAGAUUAAGGCAAAAUUAAACAGAAUCAUCCAGAAGCAGAAGAAAAUUGUCUACAGCAGUCUGACAGAGACAGUUGAGAACAUUAUGGAAGAAGGCUACAAGAAGGCUUUAGCAUUUACAGGAGAAGACACGUUGUACAACAUGAGGGAGACUAUUAAAAACCACGUGCACUCAAAGAAGGACAUGUUUGAGCAGGCAAAAAGUACCAUGUUGGAGAAGUUGCACGAUUUGGUGGUAUACGUCUUGGAGACUCUGGAGAAAACUAUGAAAGAAUCUAUUGGACUUUCAUUCAAGGAUGAAGAGUGCUUACUCCCAGAUGUUUCAACAGAGCUUAAGAUGUUGAAGAAACAUUAUGAUCUACUUGUAGGCACUCCAGAUGAUGAAAUAUAACUGGAAGAGCCUCUCAGUCCUCAUCUCUAAUACCUAAAGAAGAACUAUGAAUUUGAUCAACUGAUCCCUAAAUGCAAUUGACACUCACUUCUCGAUGAAAAGCCUGGGUUCGGAAGAGUUCAACCGUCCUGGAGAGACUUUCCCUGCCGGAUACACGAUGGCAGGAGAAGUGGCAUGUCGUGUGCCUGGCGGGACUUUCGACUGAGGACAUUGAAGACAUCUACCUAUUUGGAAUCAUUAUAACAGGAUUCUUGCUGAUCGGAGAUGGCUUGGCCCUGGUUUA